GUUUCUGAAAAGGCUAGAAUAUCUUAGCUAUAGAGAAAAGUAUUAUAAAGGGAAAAAUGGGACGUGGUUUUGGUCGAGGUGCCAAAAGCGUAGCAAUUGUAACACAUGCUCAAAUAGGAAACAAGGGGAAAAAAACCCCAAAAGGCCUUCGUGGAGUCCGUCAAAAAAAGCGCCAGCGCUAUCAGAAAAAAGAUGAUCAAAGUUUGUUAGAGAAAUCUCUAGGUUUAGAGAAUCAACGUUCGAACGAACCAAAAAGUUUAGCACGGGAAAUUGCGAGCAUACAGUUUGCUCAUGUAAUCAACAAACGCCAAAAAGGCUUUAAGGAUCUACGCAAACAAAUUAUGGGCGCUGUAAAAGUUCUUCGACGGAAAUAUUCACAAAAAGGUUCAAGCUAAGUACGUUAUGGAUCAAAUGCUCUCCUAGAAACAGUAUGAAACGCUUAAAAUUUGAUAAAUAAAAGUUAUAACAGAAUGUCCCAA